UGAAACUAUAGCCGUACUAGUUCUCAAAUCCCCCAAACAAGGUUUUUCUCCAGUUUCUCAACUACCCGAGGUUCGUGGUGGAGAAAGGUAUGAUAGAGACUUAGAAACCACCAUUGCCCCUAAACCACCAGCUUCUCCGACGAAUCGAUGACCAGACUUGAUCGACAAAACAGAAGAACGAGACCCUUAAGUAUCGAAGCUUCCGAAAACCCUUUAAUGGCGAAGAUAGAUAGAUUGAUGGUGGUGAGAGAUUGAUGAUGGUGAGAGGUGUGAUAAUGUAGCUUAUAAAUAUAAUUAUGUAAAUAACGCUAAUUAAAAUAGAUAAUAGUGUAUUUAGCAUUGAAAAAAAAGACACAUUUCAAAAAGAAGGAUACUACGUGUCAAUAUUCUCAAUGUUUAAGCUUUGUGAAAACCUUAUUUUAUUAUAUAAAAUUAGAACGAUCCGGUGUUCUUGAUGACUUUGGGAAUAGUUUUUUUUCCUUUUUAAAAUGUUUUAUUUAUAUGCUUUUGAGGACAGUUGACUUUCAUCACAUGAACAAAGAGGCGUUGACGCAUCAAUACCUAGUUGCAAAGAGAAGAACAGAAUUCUCAUUUGCCAGUUCGGAACUUCUUAAGGACUGUCUCGUCUCUAAUUGUUUUAGAAAAUGAAUCAUAAGAAACAGAUCGACCAGAGCAUUAUAGAGAUUUCUGCCAAAACCAAUGUCUUAAAUUUAUUAACUUCCGCAAUAACAACAAGAGAACCUCUUCAAGACUCUGGUAACAACCUCAUCUCAAAUUUCGUUACUUGUGUUCUACGCAACAACCAUUGGCUUACAAAGAUGUCUUAAAAUCUUCCACAAGAAUAUAAUGAAAAUCGCCGGUUAAUAAAUUCAAGAAUUACCGCAGAGUAGGAGCGCUUACCAACGGUCAUCAAUAGUCUCUUUACUUUGCUAAAAUUUCAUAUCUAAUGUGUUCGUUCAGUAUAAUAAUAUACAAAAAUAUUCUAUAGCAACUAGAAAGAGUGUUCAAGCCAGUCGUAGGAAUGAUAAAUUCGGCCACGAUUAUAAUUCCACUAAUUACGGCCACAUGCAAAUGGAUCAGUCAAAAUCAUCAACUUUCUUUUAUUAAACAAAAAAAAAGUGUUACUAGAAAUAGAAAAUGCAAAGAGAAUGAAAUUAGAUCUAAACCUAUGACUUUGCAGCUCUCAAGUCGUCUCGCUCCCUUCCUCUAUAAAUAGGUACCAAAUGCUUCUCUCAGUCCCACCACACAAACACACAAUACCACCAUGAACACUUGCUCCUUUAUUUUCAUCUUAGGUGCUAUCUUUCUCCGGUGUUUAAGUUCCACAGGAGCUGCCACGUGUCACCCUGAUGACGAAGCGGGUCUUCUAGGUUUCAAAUCGGGUAUUACCAAAGAUCCUUCGGGCAUUCUCGGCUCUUGGAAAAAUGGUACUGACUGCUGCUCCUGGAGCGGUGUCAUUUGUAUCAACAGCGACCGUGUCACAGCACUAAGAGUGUACGGAGAUUUCAUUUCUAGCCGAGCCUUUCUCUCGGGCACUAUCUCGCCGAUGCUGGCCAAACUUCAACACCUCGAGGGGAUUUACCUCACCUCUCUUCGAAAGAUCACUGGACCUUUUCCUCAAUUCCUUUUCAGAUUACCAAAGCUAAAGUAUGUUUACAUUCAAGGUAGCCUUCUCUCCGGUCCCCUUCCAGCCAACAUCGGUGAGCUAAGUCGGUUGGAAAAGUUACUUAUCGACGGAAACCGGUUUACCGGUCUGAUUCCGAGUUCGAUAUCCAACUUGACACGGUUAUCUUGGCUUAAUCUCAGCAACAACCGCCUCUCUGGCACCAUCCCAAAUAUUUUUAAAUCCAUGAUAGAGCUCCAGUCUCUCGAUCUCUCCCGCAACAAAUUCUCCGGGAAACUACCUCCGUCGAUUGCAUCUCUCUCAUUGACUCUAACAAUCCUUAAUCUGGGCCAGAACAAUCUGUCGGGGACGAUCCCAAACUAUUUAUCAAGAUUUGAGGCUCUCUCCACAUUGGUUCUCUCCAAGAAUCAUUACUCAGGGUUCGUGCCGAUGAGUUUCACAAAUUUGACCAACAUUACCAUUCUUGAUCUCUCCCACAAUCAUCUAACCGGUGCAUUCCCUGUCUUGAAUAGCAUUGACGGCAUUGAAUCUCUGGAUUUGUCGUACAACAAGUUUCAUCUGAAAACGAUUCCGAAAUGGAUGAUAUCGUCACCGUUCAUCUACUCGUUGAAGCUGGCAAAAUGUGGCAUCAACAUAAGCUUAGAUGAUUGGAAGCUAGCAGGAACCUACUACUAUGAUUUCAUCGAUCUAUCUGAAAACGAGAUCUCAGGGAGUCCGGCUAGGUUCCUCAACCAGAUGAAGUAUCUGAAAGAUUUCCGAGCAGCAGGGAACAAACUCCGGUUUGAUUUGGGGAAGCUGACGUUUGUGGAGAGGCUUGAAACUUUGGAUUUGUCAAGGAACUUGAUAUUCGGGAAGGUGCCGGCGACAGUGGCCGGAUUGAAGACAUUGAACGUGAGUCAAAACCAUCUUUGCGGAAAACUUCCAGCGACAAAGUUCCCAGCCAGUGCUUUUGCCGGUAACGACUGUCUUUGUGGCUCUCCACUUUCUCCUUGUAGAGUUUUGAUGAGUCAACAAUUGGUCAAGCAGUAAACCGACGACCAAACCGUAUGAAGAAAUAGAAUGAGAGUACCAAGAGUAAUUGGCUUAACCAAUUGCUUUCUUUAUUUCAAUUGUUUUCUGCAAAUAAUGUGAAGUGGUCAUCCUUAUUGUGAGGAACUCACUUUAUCACUUUCCUCAUUUUCCCUGCAAUCUAGGAAUCACGAUUGAUUCUAUUUGUUAUUUGUUUCCUAUAUAAAUGAGAAAAGCCAAAAGAAAAGGCAGAGAAAUUUGCCUGAAGAAAUCUGUGUUGUGUAAUCUUAUUUAUGCUUUGACUUGGACCUCUAUCAAGUUUAGCGGCAAGAAUACUACAAUUAGUAUUUGGAUUUAAUGUGACAGUUGGGUCAAAGAAAAAUAUAUGUACUGAUAACGAAUAAAGUAAUUUUAAGAUUUGAAGAAGCUUCAAAACAAAGAUUUGUGUUAGUGCAAGUAUGUAGUGUUUUUAACACUUUUUUUUAUUUAGCGAAUUCCACACGCUCGAUUUGUAGGCUAAAAAUGAGGAAUUGAUGAAAUUGUAGAAUCAUUAAGAAAAAAUUCAAUUUAAACUUAGAAGAACGGUAUUUUUGUCAUUUAAUUAAAACCAUAAACUGUGAUUUUGUAUU